CAAUUUUUGUGUUACAAUCUGUAUAAAAUUGUUUUUCUUCUUCUUAAAUGGUAUACUCUGUAUUUGGUUCACUGUGAUCAGGAAGAUCGGAGAUAGUUCAAAGUCGGCCUCGUCGUCUGCAAUUUCAAAACCCUAACUAAAUGAGGCAUUCUGUGAAUCGUCCUCCGACGCCAGAUGAUAGGGAUAAUCGACGAAAAGACCUCACACUUGAAGAAAUAAUCAACAUUAAGUUGAUUGAGACUGGAGAAAAAGAGCGUCUAAUGGAACUUCUGAGAGAAAGGCUCAUAGAUUGUGGAUGGAAGUAUGAGAUGAGAACACUUUGCAGGGGUUUGAUUAAGAAGAAAGGUAGAAAAAAUGUUACUGUUGAUGAUCUUAUACAUGUCAUUACUCCUAAAGGAAGAGCUUCUAUACCUGAUUCAUUGAAGGCAGAGCUUUUGCAAAGAAUCAGAGCCUUUCUGGUUCCCAACAGCUAGUGGGGAUGAAAUAAAAAGUGCAAGAUUAUAUAUGCUAGAUUGCAAGGUUCUUCCAUUGUUGUUGUUUUCUUUGUUUUGAUGAUGAUGAUGAUAUGUAGACAUUACAUUUGAUUCUCAUGUGAAAUUAAUGCAAAAUGAUGA